AUGACGGUGGAGGCCAGGGGAGCCGAGGAUGUUCUGGCCAACAUUCAGGUUCACCUCUCAAGUCCAGCUGCUGUUGGCUUUCUGACAGUUUCCAGUGUCAUUACCAUGUCAGCCCCUUUCUUUCUGGGUAAAGUUAUUGAUGUUAUUUAUACAAAUCCCAGUGAAGACUUCACUGACAGCCUGACCAGCUUCUGUGCCUUGCUAAGUGGAAUCUUUUUAUGUGGUGCUGCUGCUAACGCUACUCGUGUCUACCUUAUGCAGACUGCAGGACAAAGAAUUGUGAAACGUUUGAGAACAACCAUGUUUUCCUCUAUUCUGAAGCAAGAAACCGCUUUUUUUGACAAGACCAGAACAGGAGAGCUGAUAAACCGCUUAUCUUCAGAUACAGCCCUCUUAGGCCGUUCAGUGACUGAAAACCUUUCCGAUGGGCUCAGGGCAGGAGCACAGGCAUCUGUGGGGGUUGGAAUGAUGUUUUUUGUGUCUCCUAGCCUUGCUGCAUUUGUUCUGAGCGUUGUACCACCCUUGGCUGUCCUGGCUGUGAUUUAUGGAAGAUACUUGCGAAAACUUACUAAAAUGACCCAAGAUUCUCUUGCAGAAGCAACACAGUUAGCUGAAGAGCGAAUUGGAAACAUAAGAACAGUUCGAGCUUUUGGACAAGAAGUGGCUGAAAUGGAGAAGUAUACAAAAAAAGUUGAUUAUGUGCUACAGCUGGCUAAAAAAGAGGCACUAGCUCGGGCAGGCUUCUUUGGAGCAACUGGCCUUUCUGGAAACUUAAUUGUCCUCUCAGUCUUAUACAAAGGAGGAUUACUAAUGGGCAGUGCCUACAUGACAGUUGGCGAACUCUCAUCUUUCCUUAUGUAUGCUUUCUGGGUUGGAAUAAGCAUUGGAGGUCUAAGUUCCUUUUAUUCAGAACUAAUGAAAGGACUAGGUGCCGGUGGACGUCUGUGGGAACUUAUUGAAAGGAAGCCCCAACUUCCAUUUAAUGAGGGAAUCAUAUUAGGCAAAGACACGUUCAGAGGUGCAUUGGAAUUCAAGGACGUCAAGUUUGCAUAUCCAACGCGUCCAGAAACAUCAAUUUUCAAAGAUUUUAGCCUUUCCAUUCCAGCUGGUUCUGUUAUGGCUCUGGUUGGCCCAAGUGGUACAGGGAAAUCAACUAUUGUAUCCCUUCUGCUGAGGCUCUAUGAUCCUAUCUCAGGUACUAUCACUGUUGAUGGCUUUGAUAUCCGUCAGUUAAAUCCGCUCUGGUUCAGGACAGAGAUUGGAACAGUGAGUCAGGAACCAAUUCUGUUCUCCUGUUCUAUUGCUGAAAAUAUUGCCUAUGGUGCAGAGGAUCCUUCUACUGUGACUGCAGAGGAGAUUCAGAAAGUUGCUGAGAUAGCUAAUGCUGCUAGCUUUAUCAGAGAUUUUCCAAAAGGGUUUGACACUGUAGUUGGAGAAAAAGGCAUUCUGCUUUCAGGUGGACAGAAGCAACGAAUUGCAAUUGCUCGAGCUCUGCUCAAGAAUCCUAAAAUUCUUCUGUUAGAUGAAGCAACAAGUGCUUUGGAUGCGGAAAAUGAGUAUCUAGUGCAAGAAGCUCUGGACCGGCUGAUGGAAGGGAGGACAGUGCUCAUUAUUGCUCAUCGCCUGUCUACUAUUCAGAAUGCUGAUUUUGUUGCAGUCCUUGGCCAGGGUAAAAUUCUUGAAAGUGGAAAACAUGAGGAACUACUUGCAAAUCCAAAUGGACUUUUCAGGAAACUAAUGCAGAAACAAGCUUUUCUUCAGAACAGUGAUACUUUUGCAUUAGAUUUACAAUCUGCAGAAAAGACUGCAGUAUAAGAGAAUGUAUGAGAGAAUGUAUGAGUAAUGGAAGCUUACAAACUAGAAAGAAUAUAAGUUAUGUUUCAGUUAUGUAAAGUAAAUGUUAUAUUUUUCCAAAAUGUACAAAAUAGUCUUUUGAAACUUAAAUGUGUUUAAACUUUUUAUUGAAAUCUUUUUAAUAAUUAUUGCAGCUUUUUAA